UCCCGUCGCGCGGCGCCUCUGGGAGUUGCAGUUUGAGAGCAGUUCCGGGCAGGGAGGCGCCUUUGCUGCCCUCACAGGCUUGGCCCCUAGCAGUGCGGAACUACAAGUCCCAGGGAUCCUAGCGACUGUCCGUCGGUAGUCAAGUUGCCGGUGGAAUUGGCCCAGGAUGACAGCUGGAGAAUGGAGUCAGUUUUAUCCAAGUAUGAAAACCAGAUUACUAUUUUCACUGACUACCUAGAAGAAUAUCCAGAUACAGAUGAGCUGGUAUGGAUCUUAGGGAAGCAGCAUCUCCUUAAAACAGAAAAAUCUAAGCUGUUGUCUGAUAUAAGUGCUCGUCUAUGGUUUACAUACAGAAGGAAAUUUUCACCAAUUGGUGGAACGGGCCCUUCAUCAGAUGCUGGUUGGGGAUGUAUGCUACGCUGUGGACAGAUGAUGCUGGCUCAAGCCCUUAUCUGUAGACACUUAGGAAGGGACUGGAGCUGGGAGAAACAAAAAGAACAACCCAAAGAAUACCAACGCAUCUUACAGUGCUUCUUAGAUAGAAAAGAUUGUUGCUACUCUAUCCAUCAAAUGGCACAAAUGGGUGUAGGAGAAGGGAAAUCAAUUGGAGAGUGGUUUGGACCAAAUACAGUUGCACAGGUGUUAAAAAAACUUGCUUUAUUUGACGAAUGGAAUUCCUUGGCUGUUUAUGUUUCAAUGGAUAACACAGUGGUCAUUGAAGAUAUCAAAAAAAUGUGCCGUGUCCUUCCCUUGAGUGCUGACACAGCUGGUGACAGGCCUCCCGAUUCUUUGACUGCUUCAAACCAGAGUAAGGGCACCUCUGCCUACUGCUCAGCCUGGAAACCCCUGCUGCUCAUUGUGCCCCUUCGCCUGGGCAUAAACCAGAUCAAUCCUGUCUAUGUUGAUGCAUUCAAAGAGUGUUUUAAGAUGCCACAGUCUUUAGGGGCAUUAGGAGGAAAACCAAAUAACGCGUAUUAUUUCAUAGGAUUCUUAGGUGAUGAGCUCAUCUUCUUGGACCCUCACACAACCCAGACCUUUGUCGACACUGAAGAGAAUGGAACGGUUAAUGACCAGACUUUCCAUUGCCUGCAGUCUCCACAGCGAAUGAACAUCCUGAACCUGGAUCCUUCAGUUGCAUUGGGAUUUUUCUGCAAAGAAGAAAAAGACUUUGAUAACUGGUGUAGCCUUGUUCAGAAGGAAAUUCUAAAGGAGAAUUUAAGGAUGUUUGAAUUAGUUCAGAAACAUCCAUCACACUGGCCUCCCUUUGUACCUCCAGCCAAGCCAGAAGUGACAACCACUGGGGCAGAAUUCAUCGACUCUACUGAGCAACUGGAGGAGUUUGAUCUGGAGGAAGAUUUUGAGAUUCUGAGUGUGUAGAAUCCUGGGAACUCAACUUGAAGGUCUGUCUUCCAUCUGGCACCAUAAAAACAUGAACUUUUUACAUAAAACUUUUCUAGUCAGCAAGUGCCUGAUAUGCCAAUAGCAUACAAACUCAAUAGCAAUCAUGACUGAGCCAAUCACUGUUUCUCAGAAAAACAAAACAAAACAAAUGACGGUAACCCUUCCCCAGAAAGAAAUAGAACAAUCGUGGAUCCUAGGAGCAGAGAGAUGAGGAGGAGUUCAUUGCUUCCCAGCUUGUCUUAUAUGGCUACAGCAAGUCUUCAGCUGCUGCAAUGAGGAAAUGGAUAUCUGGAAGACAGACAGCAACUCUCAGCUUGUUUCAAGCACCAGCAGAUAAGAGAUAGUCAAGCUGUUCUUCACCCUUUCAGAUGUGACCUCUUUUGGACUAAAUACUAAGCAGCAAUCUGUUCUCUUGCUCAAAUAAUAAAGUGACUGAAUCAGGGAGGAAAAGAUUCUUGUUAAAUAAUUUGAUUGUGUAGUUGCAGUAAUUAUAAUUUAUAUCAAAACGUUUGUCAGAGAAACGAUGUCAAAUAUACACUUCUUGAUCUCCCUUCUAUUUGCGGGAGUCUUACUCUUUGAUGGGUCACUGUCCCCAUUCUUACUGAUACUUUUGUCAGAUAUCACCCUGUCCUUAAAUCAUGAUCACUUAAAUCAGGAGUCAGCAAACUUUUUCUGUAAAGGGCCAGACGGUAAAUAUUUUGGGCUUUGCAGGCCACGCGGCCUCUGUCACAUCUACUCAACUCUGCUGUUGACAUGCAAAAGCAGCAAUAGACAAUAUGCAUGUAAAUGAGCGUGGCUGUAAUCCAAGAAAACUUUAUUUACAAAAACAGGUGGAGGGCUGGGUUUGGCCUGCAGGCUGUAGCUUGCCAAUCAGUGACUUAAAUUGUUGAUUUUUGUUUGAUAAAUUAAAAAUAAAUUGUGUUUGAAGUAUACGCUA